UCCAAUGUUGAUGGAAUUCCGUUAACGAAUGAGGAUAUUCGUGAGGAAAUUGAUACAUUUACGUUUGAGGGACAUGACACAACAACAUCGGCAAUUUGUUUCGCAUUAUUCGAAAUAUCUCGACACCCUCAGGUGCAGGAAAAAAUUUUGACUGAAGUUAAUGAUGUUAUAAAUUUUAGUAGUAGCAAUCCUAUUAAAAUCCAAGAUCUUAACAAAUUAAAGUAUACUGAAUAUGUUAUUAAGGAGACAUUACGUUUGUAUCCAUCAGUGCCUAUUAUUGGAAGAAAAAUUAUGUCGGACUUUAAGUAUUCUCAUUCAAAGAUUGGUGAUGGUGUGUUACCAGCGACUACAGAGGUUUACGUUGACUUUUUUAAUACAAUGCGUGAUCCGGAUAAUUAUGAGAAUCCAGAAGAGUUUAUACCUGAACGAUUUGAGAACAUGAAAAUGGAAUCUGCAUUUGUUUAUUUGCCUUUUAGUGCUGGACCCAGAAACUGUAUUGGACAAAAGUUCGCAAUGUUGGAAAUGAAAAUGAUUUUGGCAAAAGUUGUAUCAACUUUUGAGUUACUACCAAGUAAGGAAAGUAUCCAAAUUGAAUAUGCAGUCAUACUUCGUUCAUAUAAUGGUUUUCCAGUAAUCAUGAAAAAAAGAAAAGUCUACUAACAUAAUUUAAUUGUGUUUAGGAAUUAAGAAUUUAA